UACAGCACCGAAGCCCCUUCGAUGGGACCCCAGCCUUACUCCUCUUUGCUAUACUGCGUCAAACUUGAGCGAAACACGGUACAAGGAUUAUUUUAGUUGAGAGACGUUGAACGUUACAAAAAACCAUCUAAUCUUCAAACCACUUCGAACGCGCAGACGUUGAACCUGGUGGGUAUUGCUGAGAUUGCAUAGGUGCAAUUGCAAUCUCAAUGAUUUAAUUGUCAAAUCCACGCAUCACCAUGGCCAAAUGUAUUCAGGCCAUUCUCAUAGUGAGCUUGUUUCUGGUAAUCCCAUCUGUGUUGGCAAGUGAAAAGGAGAAUAUUAUUGCUUUGCCGAGCGAACAAAAGGCCUGCAGCAAAAAUUACGAAUCGGUAUCGUGUCCUGUAAGUUGCUUUAGGGCAGAUCCGGUAUGUGGGGUCAAUGGCAUAACAUACUGGUGUGGCUGCGCGGAGGCUCUAUGUGCCGGUGUUGAAGUGGCCAAAGUUGGAUUUUGCCCGGUGGGCAGUAAUGGAGGAAGCGGUCUUUUGACUGGACAGGCCCUUUUACUGGUACACAUUGUCUGGUUAAUUCUUCUGGGGUUUAUUGUAUUGAUUGGGCUGCCAUGAAUUGAGUAGGGUUAGGAUUUCAAUUAGUGAUCAAUUCUAUUGGAAUUUAUUUGUAAUCACUGGGGUGCCCUGAAUUGGACGGGGAUAGGGUUUUUUCUGAUUUUAACUGAUUUCGGGAGUUUCUACUGGGGUUUGUUGUUCUGAUUGAGCUGCUCUAGGAUUAGGAUCGGCUUCUAAUUUUUGGGCCAUUUUAGAUGAAAUAAUUUCUCUCUUUGGAGAACAAGAUUGUGGCUUCAGCCGUUUGUGGGAUUGGUUUGUACUCUGUUUUGAACAUGAAAUAGAAGCAGCAGAUUAGUUCAUUACUA